AUGCUGCGGCUUCUCCUUGGCGCGCUCCUCCUCUGCAGCGCGGUGGCGCACGAGCGGCGCCUCGUCGGCUUCAUGCCCAAGGCGCACUGCCCUGGCACAUGUCCGACUGUACACUACGAACGUCGCCAAGACUGCUCGCGCUGCCGCGUGCAUCAGUUCAUGCCGAGCACAGCCGCGCCGCUGCGAAGAAAAGCGUCGUUCAUGCCCCGCUGGUCGACCCUCGAGAUGGAAACUGCGGAUGCCGGGCUAGAACCUGCGACGCCGCCCAGUACUGCUGCACCCGCCACACAAGCCAGCCGCACGUCGUCCGCAGGAGCGACACCGGCCAGCACCGCGACGCAUCCCAACGAAGAUGGCGUCGCCCGACCUGCUACUCCGGUCAUGCAGACGCCGUCUCCGUCAACAAAAGUACCGAGCGCAGCGUCGACCAGCGACGUCUCGGGCUCAUCGUCCGACGGACGCGACCCGGCAUCUGCCAGCCACCAUGGCAGUCAUAGCAGCAGCAACUCGGCCUCUGAGGUGCGAAGACCGGGGUCCGAUAGGGUCGACCACGUGAUUGUUGUGCCACAUCCAUCCAGCAGCCUGCGACCCGAACACGCCGACGACCGAGCAGCCGCCUCACCCACACCGAUGGCAUCUAGUGCAACAAGACCAGAGGCUUUUUUGUCCAGCGGGUCGAUAGCAGCGAUCGUUGCCGGCGGCCUCAUCCUCGUGCUGCUUCUCGGCGUCUGCGUCUGGAUGCGCAGCCACGACAGCGAUGCGAGUGGCGCGUACGUGCGCUCGAUACCCGCCGACAGUGACGAGAGCGAAGGCGACUACGUCGCCAUGUAG